UGCUACAGUGAUGAAUUCAUAGGCCAGUGUUUAUUUAUUUUUGUUGCUUUGAUCGGUUGUCUCUGCUUUGAUCUCUUUUGUGCAGCGUGUUAAAUUGAGAAGUGUUUGUUUAGGUUAUGCAGAAUGGAUGUGGAACUGUUCAGCAUCAACGCGGUUAAUCCUAACGGUCGUAAAAAGCGAGUGUUGCUUGGUUGCACUGGAAGCGUUGCAACUAUAAAAGUAGGUCUUCUGGUUUCACAAGCUAUUGCAGAGUCUUGCAUUGGCAAUGCAGAGCCUUCUAUCGAGGUUCGUAUAGUUGCAACCGAUAAUGCUGAGCACUUCAUCGUUCAUGAAGACCUUCCAAAGGAUUCCAAAAUUUAUACUGAUUCUGAUGAAUGGAAUUCAUGGUCUUCACGGGAGGACCCAAUUCUUCACAUUGAGCUUGUGAAGUGGGCAGAUAUAUUUGUGAUAGCACCGUUGGAUGCAAACACACUUGCAAAGUUGGCACAGGGGCUGUGCGACAACCUGCUGACGUGCGUCGCCCGGGCGUGGAACUUCGACAAGCCACUGCUGUUCUGCCCCGCGAUGAACACGCGCAUGUGGGAGCACCCAGUCACGGCGCCACAUGUCGCGACGCUCACUUCCUGGGGCUACAAGGAGAUCCCGUGCGUGGAGAAGAGGCUGGCGUGCGGCGACGUCGGAAUGGGCGCCAUGGCGGAGGUGGACGACAUCAUCCGCCACGUUUUCGCCAGCCUCGAGUCGGUCUCCUGCGACGAAGGGUCUGACGAGCCGUGCCGCCUCGACGAGUUUGAUUCCAGCGGCUCUAGCGACUCUUACUUCACCGACAGUGAUUCUGAGAACCUCCAGAACAGCGAAACAUAAUUCAGCAACUGAACAGUUGACGCUGUAUCAAGACUCUCUCUUCUUGUAACUCCAAAAAGGUUUUUUUCUUUAAUUUAAACAUGAAGUUACUAUCAUGAAAGCAUUUAUUUUAAUCAAUUGAAUUUGAAGUCAUUUAUUGUGAACUAGGUUGCUACCUUCACAAACUCAAUGCCCAAGAUUGGUGAUUUAUAUUGAGGUGCAUUGACUUGAAAUUGUGACAAUUAUAUACUGGUCAUUAAUGUAUUUUCAUGUAUGCAUAUGUGUAAAUAAAUUCUGCAUUCCAAAAAAGGUUUGUAAUC